AUGCGCCCGUUUAUGAGCCUCAUGGGCGCAGACCCGUCGCAAGACUGCCUCCAUGCCUUUGAGACCUCCUGGCUCUUCUCGCCUUUCGUCCUCGGAUGCAUUCGCGCCCUUAUAUCCCUCUACUCGUUCACGACCAUAUUCGUCAUCUUCGGCUGGCAGGGCACACAUGGCCUGACCGUCAACAGUCGGCGCUCGUUCAGCUACUUCACCAACCUGAGCUACUGGGGCAUCGCAUUCUACUUCCUUUUCGCAGCAGCUCACAGCUUCCUCUACUCGCGAACGGGUCGGUCGGUGUUUUUUGAGAAGACACCGCGGUUCCUGCGUGCGCUGCACAGUCUGUUCUAUACGACCAUCGUUGUCUUUCCGUUUAUUGUGACAAUAGUCUAUUGGGGGUUGCUAUUCGAGGCACCAUGGUUUCCAGAGAUGUUUAAUGGCUGGUCUAACGUUUCCCAACAUGCGAUGCAAUCGGGGUUUGCGCUUUUUGAACUAAUCUUCACGGCAACACAACCUCUUCCGCUCAUCCACCUCCCUUUCCUCUACCUCCUUCUCAUGCUAUACCUGUCUCUGGCAUACCUCACCCGCGCGACGCAAGGGUUCUAUACCUACUCCUUCCUCAAUCCGGGAGUUCAUUCCGAACAUAGAGGUCGCGUGGCUGCGUACUCCUUCGGGAUCGCAGCAGCUGCCACUGUUUUGUUUGGCGUAUGCUGGUUUAUAAUCUGGCUUCGAAGGCGUCUAACGGGCGAUAAGAGAAUACUCGCCACACCAUCUCGAGGCACUGAAGAUGAAGAGAUGAGGGUAAGGAAGUGA